AUGCCACGGCAUAGGCAUAGGAGAUGUCGAGCAUCGUCUGGUGGCCAGAGGAUGACCCGCUCUCACACCAACCAAGCAGAGCUGCUGUUCUCCGUGAGCCAUGUGGAAUGCAUCCUGCGGGAGGGCCACUAUGUCCAGCACGUGAGCCCUUCCACGCCAGUCUUCCUAGCAGCUGUCAUCCAGUACCUGAUGGCCAAGGUCUUGGAGCUGGUGGGCAAAAAGGCCCAGACAGAGGGCAGUAGGUGCAUCACACCAGAGAUCAUGGACAUGGUGCUCCACAGCAACCGGCUACUCAGCAGCCUGUUCAGAGAGACUACCUUCUCACAUGUGGCCCCAGCUGGGCAGUAG